GAGAUGCAAGUCCUCCAAUUCAAGAUGAAGGAAAAGAUACAGACUCUCCAAUCAAGAGUAAAGAAUUAGAGCAGGAUGUUUCUUUAGCACAGAAUGAGUUAUUAGAAAUGGAAUCUCUCAAGC